AUGCCCAACAAUUUGCAUGGUGAACCAGAGGGCACGGACGGGUUUGUGCUGACUAACCAAGUAUCACAAACAUCACACACGUUAUCAACAUCACAAACAUCAUCAACGUUAUCAACACCACAAACACCAUCCACGUUAACAUCAACAUCACAAACAUCACCCACGUUUACAUCAACAUCACAAACAUCAUCCACGGUAUCAUCAACAUCACAAAUAUCAUCCACAUUAUCAUCAACACCACAAACACCAUCCACGUUAUCAACACCACAAACACCAUCCACGUUAUCAUCAACAUCACAAACACCAUCCACAAUAUUAACACCACAAACACCAUCCACGUUAUCAUCAACAUCACAAACACCAUCCACGUUAUCAACAUCACAAACACCAUCCACGUUAUCAACAACACCACAAACACCAUCCACGUUAUCAUCAACACCACAAACACCAUCCACGUUAUCAACAACACCACAAACACCAUCCACGUUAUCAACACCACAAACACCAUCCACGUUAUCAACACCACAAACACCAUCCACGUUAUCAACACCACAAACACCAUCCACGUUUUCAACACCACAAACACCAUCCACAAUAUCAACACCACAAACACCAUCCACGUUAUCAACACCACAAACACCAUCCACGUUAUCAACACCACAAACACCAUCCACGUUAUCAACACCACAAACAUCAUCCACGUUAUCAACACCACAAACACCAUCCACGUUAUCAACACCACAAACACCAUCCACGUUAUCAACACCACAAACACCAUCCACGUUAUCAACACCACAAACACCAUCCACAAUAUCAACACCACAAACACCAUCCACGUUAUCAUCAACAUCA